AUGUCAUCAUGGGCGUGUACCAUCUUAUUCUGCCUACCGGGUAUUUAUCUCGCCCUCACUGGCCUCGGGGCUGGAGGUGGAGGACCCGGAGCACUUCAUGUUGCCGUCAAUACCAAUGCCAUUCUCUAUGGACUCUUCACCGUCUUCGGCUGGAUAGGAGGCACGAUUCUCAACCUCAUGAAGCCAAAGGCGACAGUGAUAUUUGGAGGCUUCGGAUACCCUCUUUACGUUGGGGGUCUCUGGUACUUUGACCGCCGCGGUCACGAUUGGUUUCCUUACCUGUCUGGAGCCAUUCUGGGCAUAACGGCUGGCUGCCUUUGGACUGCUGCAAGCUUCAUCGCCUGGACAUACCCCGAAGAGAAAGACAAAGGAAAGUACAUCGCCAUCCAAUGGGGUCUCACGUCGCUCGGCGGCACAGUCGGUGCGAGCAUCGCGUUUGGAAUCAGCGCCAACAAGACGCAAGCAACCGGGGUGUCGGAUCCGGUCUACAUUAUAUUCGUGGUCAUCAUGUGCUGUGCGAUAGUCGCUGCUGCAUUCUUCAUCAAACAUCCCGCCAGCAUUGUCCGGGACGACGGCACUCAUCUCGCCGAAUUCAAACCCACCAACACGAGGGCGGAGCUUCAAAAUUUGAAGAAGACCUUCACCGAUUGGAAACUCCUGGCGCUGACUCCCGCCUUUUUCGCAUCUGAGAUGUGCCUCUCGACGACCAGCAGCCUCAACAGUUACUACUUCAACCUCCGAACCCGGUCCCUGAACAACGUCCUCUUUCAAGCCAUCAUGAUUGCCGGGUCUCUCGGCAUGAGCUUUCUCCUUGACGCCCAGCAGCUGUCUCGCCGUCGACGCGGCCUUAUUGCGUGCGUCACGGUCGGCGUGAUCACCAUGGGCGCCGCAGCCGGCCUUAUCGGGUGGAUGAAAAAGUACGGGCUUGACGGCCGACUCGAGACUCCUCCGGCGGUAGACUGGACUGACAGUAGGUUUGCUGGAGGAGUCAUCCUGUACCUCCUGUGGGGAAUCGUCUAUUCGACAUAUCUUUGCAGUGCCGGCUGGGUGGUCGGGUCACUGUCCAACGAUCCAGUCGUCAUCGCCAUGUACAGCGGCUUCACCAAAGGCAUGGGCUCUCUUGGCCUGUGUAUAUGUUUCGUCAUGGACUCGCAGUCCGUCACCUACAUGACACAGGCUAUUGUCCAAUUGGUCCUCUACGGGGUUGGCUCUCUCACUCUCGUCUACGUGGUGGUCUUCUACUUGAAAGACACCAACUACUUCCUUGAGGAGAGCGUGGUUGUGCCGCUCCAUAUUCAGCAAGAAAAACAAGUGGCCAUUGAGGCCCUGGAGGUCCCAGCAGAUGCUGAAGAGGUCUCAGCGGAUGUCACCAGGAAACCCAGCCAGUAG